GGUGUGGCUACUGACUAAAGAGGUGGCGUGGCGGUAAAGAAGAUGAAAAAGUACUGUCUAGCCACUUUCUUAUUUUGGCUAUUUGGUGGCUGGUGGGGUCUGCAUCAUUUCUACCUGGGUCGUGACAAGCAGGGAUUUCUCUGGGCUACAUCAUGUGGUGGUUUUAUCGUUGGUUGGUUGAAAGAUUUCUCUAGUUUAUCAAGAUACACAGAAGAAGCAAACGAAAAAUACCCACUGAAACUUUCAAGAAGACCAUCAAUGUUCUCUGAAAUGCACAGGAUGUUGGCCAUGUUGAUAUUCUCUCUCUUCUACAGGAUGAUAGUUGCUAAUGCUGUCCCAACUUCAGUCCCUAGCUACAAUCUCAUUGUUUUAUUUGUUGCUCCUGUUGGUACUGCAUUUGGAGCCUAUAUGGUCUCCAAUGUUAGUCACAUUUCCCUCUCUUACAAGUACCCACUUAUCGGAGCAUAUGUGAGCGAGGCUCUUUUUGGUGUAUCACAUUUUAUGUGGGCUGAUUCAAACAUUAUUCUUGUGUGUACAGUCACAUGUGCCAUUUGUCUUGUUGGCUGGAGGGAGAGGCAGGAAAAGAUUAAAAAGACUAAAUGCCAACGCUUUGGUCUCUGGUUUGUGCUAGGUCUCAUAGUAUUGGGUCUCUGGGGUUCCUAUUUCUAUCAUAAUGCAGAGGUUUAUGUUGAAGAGUUGGAUGGGAAUGUUAAACUCAGUCAUGUCUUUAGAGUUUACUUUGCUUCAGAGAAAUGGGCAGAAUUAAAAGAAGUACUUCUUGACUCAACGUGGAUAUUUUUAGAAACUGGAGACUUUGAACAAGUUUUCGAUAGGUUUUCAGAUGAUGUUGCAAAGUCCGAGGUUCGUAAUGCAUUCAGAGUAUUAGGAUUUAACAAAGACGUAGAGAUUGAUGAUAUAAGUUUAGCAGAUUUGAAAUCUGCAUACAAGCUAGGAGCAAAGAAGUGGCACCCAGAUAAAGUCAGUGAUCCAGAGAAGAAGGAAGAAGCUCAAAACCGUUUCAUGGAAAUCAAUGAAGCCUACAUGCUUUUGGAAAGAAUGAUAAAGAGACGAAUGAGAGAUUAGUCAUAAAAUGAGACCAGUACGAUCAUUGUUAUCGCUUCUUUAUUUCCAAAUUAAUUUCAUUAUUAA